UAUAAAUGAAGAGACGCUUAAUUAUGAACCGAAAAGUGUGUCGGUAUUCAUACAAACAGACAAACCUAUGUAUAAACCCGGAGAGAAAGUACAGUUGAGAGCCGUUGUGGUCAACCCAUCGCUGGUCCCCAAUUAUAAUACUCCAAUUGAUAUCCAUAUUAAGGACGGCAACGAAAAGCGUGUCAUUGAAUGGACAAAAUUAUAUCCAAAAAACGGUGUCAUCGCUGAAGAGCUGCAACUGUCGGCUCAGUCAGUGUCGGGCAACUGGACUAUCGUUGCCGCGGCGUUGGGACGCAACACAACGAAGGCAUUCACUGUCGCCGACUAUGUGUUGCCCACGUUUAACGUGGAGGUAGUGUUGCCAACGUAUGCGACCAGAAAUCGGUCAGAAGUGACCGCAACUGUUAAAGCAUUUGAUGCCAAUGGGAAGGCUGUUAAGGGGGAUCUCACUCUUGAA